AUGCUUUCCUUGUCGAAAACUUUUACCAAAUUGUUGAGAACUACCUGUCCUAGAUGUUAUAAAUUCCAAAAUUACGCGACUCGCAAGAGAUUUUAUCGCGGUACUAGUGUUGUACAGAGUGAUAACAAAUGGGAGGUUACCUUAGACCAUCGUCGUCUAAAAACACCGACAGGUCAGGUGUUCGCAGUGAAUAGUGAACCACUGGCACGAGCUAUAGCAGCAGAAUGGGAUGCCCAAAUUGAACACAUAAUACAACCUACUAUGCACUUGACUGCAAUUUGCAAUACAGCGUUGGACAACCCAGGCAAAGUAACAUCCCAUGACAUUGCUAGUUUUCUGCUAGACCAUUUGUCUACAGACACUAUUCUGUUCUACUCUGAGGAAGAAAAGGAUCUACAAACAUUACAAGAAAAAAAAUGGACUCCUGUCAUAGACUGGUUUGAAAAAAGAUUCAAUGUCAAACAAGAAGUGGCUACAGGAUUACUGCCACCGCCUGUCACCAUUGAGACACGAGCAGUACUAGCUAGAUACUUACUGUCAUAUGGGUUUGCAGCUCUUAGUGCUAUGGCUUUCGGCACAGAGGCACUCAAGUCACCGAUACUCAUGAUUGCAUGUAUUGAGCGACUCAUAGAACCUAAAGAAGCAGUUCUGCUAGCACGGCUUGAAGAAGAAUAUCAGUUGAUCCGCUGGGGGCGCGUAACGUGGGCACAUGAGUUAAAUCAAGCAGAGCUUACAUCGCGUGUGGCCGCCUCCUUAUUAGUCAUUCACAGCUCUGUAGAAAACCACACGACAAAGGCCAAAGCAAAAUCUGAGGAAGAAAGCCAAUAA